CUCACUCUCAUCUGAUCAGCUAAUUAAAGGGCCACUCCAUAAUUAAUUAACUAAUCUACUCCGUAAUAAAAAUAUUAAUCCACUCUCCGAUCCCGGCGGUGUUACCAUUCCACUCAAUGGCUGCUACCGUUCUUUCCAACGGGACCCGUUACGCCGCCCUUCCCCGCAGUUAUAUCCGCCCCGCAUCCCAAAGGCCGCAGCUGUCGGAAGUUUCUGCCUGCGACGAUGUUCCCAUCAUUGAUUUGGGCUCCGGCGACCGAAACCUCAUCGUCCGGCAAAUCGGCGAUGCCUGUCUCCAUUAUGGUUUCUUUCAGGUGAUAAACCACGGAGUUCCGAGAAGAGUGGUGGAAGAAAUGUUAGAGGUAUCGCACGAGUUCUUCAAUAUGGCGGUGGAAGAGAAGAUGAAGCUUUACUCCGACGACCCCACCAAGACCAUGAGGCUUUCCACCAGCUUCAAUAUACAAAAAGAGACUGUUCACAACUGGAGAGACUAUCUCAGGCUUCACUGUUUUCCCCUUGACAAAUAUGCCCCUCAAUGGCCUUCUAACCCCUCUUCUUUCAGGGAGGUUGUGAAGAAGUAUGUAACGGAAGUCCGACAAGUGGGGUUGAAAAUAGAGGAGGCCAUAUCUGAGAGUUUAGGCCUGGACCCAAAAUGCAUCAAGAACAUGUUGGGCGAACAAGGUCAACAUAUGGCGAUCAACUACUACCCGCCGUGCCCCGAACCCGAACUGACCUACGGGUUACCCGCUCACACCGACCCGAACACCCUCACCAUUCUUCUCCAAGACUCUCAAGUCGUCGGACUUCAGGUCCUCAAGGAUGGGAAGUGGCUGGCCGUCAAGCCCUACCCGGGUGCCUUCGUUGUCAACAUCGGCGAUCAACUACAGGCACUGAGCAAUGGGAAGUACAAGAGUGUGUGGCAUAGAGCUAUAGUGAACACAGAUAAACCAAGAGUCUCUGUGGCUUCUUUCCUCUGCCCGGGCGAAGAAGCCGUCAUUAGUGCCCCGGAACCGCUCACCGGCAAUGGUUCAUCACCGGUGUACCGGAGCUUCACGUAUCCGGAGUACUACCGGAAGUUCUGGAGCGAGUCUCUUGAUACACAACACUGCUUGGAACUCUUCAAGAACUGAGCAAGCUUGCAUGAGCCACAUAAAUACACUCUACUAGCUAUUCCACCCUAUAUCUUGAUUUCUACCUAUAAAUUAAAUGGACGAAGUGACAAACACUGCAUAUUAUCCCAUGGUUUUGUUAUAUAUGUUUAAUUAUUUCAAGCACUGCACGGGCUGUGUUAUAAACUCUCUUCUUUUUUUCCUUGGCAUACUCGUGUUCUUAAAGUACCUGUUAAGGAAAUAAUGUAAUACUCCCUCCGUCCCGUGAAACAUGGGACAUUUACUUUUUAGGAGGGAUUUAAGGGAGUGUAUUUUGGUAUUGAAUUUCCAAAAAUAUCCUUUGAUGUGAUGGGUAAAAGUAUGAUUUGAUGGAUAGAUUAUUAGUAAAAAGGUAUGAUAUGA